AUGCUCAAUGCUCUAGAGACCAAAAAAUUUGGUGCUGCGUCAUCGAAAGUAACAUCCAAUGUGGAGAGUAUCGUACCUGAACCACAUUUUGUUAUCAAAACCAAAAUCUUUUCGAAAUACAGAGGUUCUCCAUCUGGAACCAAACUAUUCGUUAAUGUUUGUACACAUUCAAUUGUUCCUUUGCCUGUCAAUUCAGAUGGAACUGAUACUAAAUAUUUUGAUCCCCAGUUGAUCUUUCCAUUGAUAAUGGAUAACAAGUGGGAAAUACCGAUAAUUACUUCUCCGGACUUGAGAAAUGGUACUGAUAAGAAAGGUCAGCACUGUCUUAUCGUUGACUGCCUUAUAAAUGAUAAACCUAUGAAUUGGUGUCUAGUCAACAAAGAUCUUCGGAUGAUAUUGAUACAAUGGUGUUUUGAUGCUGUCGAAUUUAGAAUUGGCAAUAAUUUUAUAAUUGAUAGAGAUGUCAUUAUACUCCCCAAGAGAUCAUAUAUGGGUGACCUUGAAGAUCUUCAGGUUGAUGUCGAGGGCAUAACCAAAGAUUCGGAAGACGUACAGCAUUUACAGGAUAAUUUUCACUCUGAAAGUCCUUCGGAUCUUCUUGCUGCACGUAGACUUCAGCAGGAGGAGCACGAAAUUGGCGAUCUUAAGACAUCAGCUUCUACGGCGACUACAACUGUUUCUGGUCCAUUGAUACAAGAAAUUCAAGAUAUGAAAAUUGAUACAUCAUCCUCAAAGACCUUGGAAACUGCCCAAAUAUCUCGUGCUGUUAGAUUCACGACAGAUUUUAAGAGGCUCAGUAGCACGGAUACUGAAAAAGGCUAUUCAUACCUUUUACGAAUAACUUCAGAACAAUUAAAUUCCGCAAGUGAGUAUCGGCUACAGUAUAAUAAAGACAAAAAGGUAUUGCUUAUAGGCUGUGGUGGUGGCAAAUGCGCCUACCAAAUUGAAUUUCCGCUACCUCAAAGCAUCGAUGGACACUUCUCCACAUACUAUUUGAAUUCAAGCAAAUCUGCCUACGUGUUUGUACUGUGA